GUUGUCACAGCUGGGUAUCUGGCUCUCUACAAGUUGAGCAACAGCCAUACGCCGGGAGCGAGCAAGUUGCUGCACUGUUUUCCCGGAGCUGCACUUAACUUAAGAUCCAGAAUGCUGAGAAGAGGAUGAAUCCUCCAGGUCAUCUGAGACAUCCACGUGUCUUUGCUGCUGUCCCUCUCCGACAGCCCUCUUGUCCCACUGGGGCACCAUCUGCCUCUCCACACUCUCCCCUUUGCCCCUUUCCGGGUCCCUCCCACCGCCCCUGUCCCCAGUAGUGGCCAUCCAAGAGGAGAGGCAAGGCGAGCCAGCCGCUGUAAAUAUGCCUGGAUGGAGGUCUCAGUGGCGUCUCGUCCUGCUGAACUCCCUGACCUGUGGCCUGGAGAUCUGUGUGGCAGCUGGGAUCACAUACGUGCCCCCACUGCUGCUAGAGGCUGGAGUGGAGGAGCGCUACAUGACCAUGGUGCUAGGUAUUGGUCCAGUUCUCGGCCUGCUGUUCAUCCCUCUGAUUGGCUCAGCCAGUGACCACUGCAACAGCAGUUAUGGCAGACGACGGCCUUUCAUCUGGCUGCUGUCUUUAGGAGUCCUUCUGGCACUUUUCAUCAUUCCCAACGCAGACGUACUGGCUUCACGCCUAGCCUGGGGUGGGCGCACCUUCCAGGUGGGCUUCCUUAUCUUUGGGGUGGGGCUCCUUGACUUUUGUGGACAAGUGUGCUUCACACCACUAGAGGCUCUUUUGUCGGACCUUUAUCGGGACGAGGAGGACUGCAACCAAGCCUUUGCUAUGUUCUCUUUCAUGGUCAGCUUGGGAGGCUGUGUGGGCUAUUUGCUACCAGCACUGGACUGGAGUCAUAGCCUGCUCUCUGUUUACCUAGGAGGCCAGGCUGAGUGCCUCUUCUCCAUCCUCAUCCUCAUCUUCAUCACCAGUGUGCUCAUCACCAUGAAGGUGUCUGAGGAACCGUCGUGGGCCAGCAGCGGCUUAGCAGGGUCUGGAUCUAUACUGGAGUCCGGGGCCGGUGCGAUAGAGGCUGGCCGGUGCGGCGUGCCACGCUCAUGCUGCUACCUGCUGAAGUGCAAGCUGAGGCUGCUGAAGUCGGGACCCUUGCUGUGCCUGCUGAGAACAUGCUGGUCCAUGACCCCGGCCAUCUACAGGAGCUACUGCCAUGUCCCGCGGGUGAUGAGGCAGCUGUGUGUGGCUCAGCUCUGCAGCUGGAUGGCUGUCAUGUCGUUUAUGCUUUUCUACACAGACUUUGUGGGGGAAGGCCUGUACGAGGGCGUGCCCAGUGCAUUACCAGGAAGUGAGUCCAAGCAAAGAUACGAUGAAGGUAUCCGUAUGGGCAGUCUGGGCCUGUUUCUGCAGUGUGCUACCUCAACCUUCUUCUCCCUGAUGAUGAGUCGUUUGGUUCGCCAUUUUGGCUCACGGUGGGUCUACAUGAGCAGUAUGGUGAGCUUCACAAUCUCUGCCUUGGUCAUUUGCCUGUCCAAAAGUGUGGUCUUGGUCACUGUAAUGGCGUCCCUCACUGGCUAUGCGUACGCCACACUGCAGACUCUGCCCUACACACUCACCUGCCACUACCACAAGGAGAAAGAAAUCUAUAUGCCAAAAAGAAAAACCAAAAGCGUGCAUAUAAAUGGGAUAACAACCCAGCAGGACUCUGUGUAUUUGACUCCUGUGGAAGACGGGCACGCCUUGUUCAGCAAGGACAGUUAUGAGUUCCACCAGAGUCCACACAGCCCGAACGGCUCAUCACACAGCUCCGGUGCCACCGAACAGGAGGAGGCUGAGUCUGGGUUUGAGAAGCGUGGCGUGGGUUUGGACUUUGCCAUCUUAGACGGCACCUUCCUCCUCUCUCAGGUUUUCCCCACCCUCUUCAUAGGCAUGAUCGUUCAGUUUGCGCAGUCCGUCACUGCCUACAUCGCCUGCUCUGUCAUCUUCGGUGCCAUCGCCAUCUACUUGGGCAGUCGAAUCAUCUUUGACCAAAAGGACCUCCAAAAGCUGAGACUUUGAUGCAAAACAUGUGGGAGCGAUGGAAUCACAAAUGAUCAAUCAUUCAGGUUCUAUAGCGGAACGCAACAAUGCACUACGGUUUCCAGAAGGCCUUGUACCGUGUGUUUGCUUUUAUAAAAGCUCAGCGUUUGAGAAGUGUGUGUGUGUGUGACAGGUUAUGAGAGAAAGUGGACAGAAAAUAUUACAAGAGACGGGUUACCGUGUUAUAGCAGGUAUCUUUACCUGCCACCUGAAGGUCAACACCCACUGUGUGCUCAGGUCAUGUGCGGUCCUCUCUGUGCAAUUUGAAUUCUUUCAAAAUCUUUCUAAAAACGUUUUUGUUAUGAAACCUUUUCUGUCCAACCGUCUUUUUCCUCAGGUACCACAAACAGAUUUACUGUAGGACUCAAUUUCAAAAACACUCACACAUUUUAAAAGUACAGUACAGUUUUGGCUCACACGGACUGAUCUGCAGCGUCACUAAGCCCGUCUGAAGACAAGUCCUUUUGAGACGGGUCUGUCUUUCUUCCCAACAGAAGAAUGGACAGAUGAAUCCAUUGUUUCUACUGGUUCAGAAAAUAGAAUUGCAAGUCAAGAAAAACACACUUAAAAGGGUACUCCAAUAAUUUAGUAUUGCCCACAUUUCCCAUAAUUCAACUCCCCGUUGUGGGACUAAUAAAGGAUUUCUGAUUCUGAUUCAGGGCUCCAGGCGAUUUUUCUUUGAGAUCGCUAUGAAUGGUCCUGCUGCAGUGGAGUUGGGGACGUUAACUGCACACUCUCACUGACUCGCUGGUUGCGUUAUUGGCCACUGGAGCGUGACUGCUGGCUGCGUUUCUCCAAAAGUUGAGUCUGGAGUGAUUGCAGCCUCGUUGAUUAAUAACAUGCUGUGCCAAAUAAAAGGGUGCGACCAACGGAGAAAGUCGGUCUGGAUCCCUGCUGUAUCAUCUUUAAUCAGACCUUGCUGAACUAAGUGCCAUCAUCUUUUAAACUCCAUGUCCUCUUUCUGUAAUGCAACUUUGCAAGUCAAGAUAACCCCGAUGACAUCACUGUAUUUUCUCAGACCUGACAAAGAUCCUCCAGAGCCACAGAGGAAAUUAUAAAACCGUUUUACAGGCGGCAUAGUACACUGACCUUUUAUACGUAACAUUCAGCUGUAUUCCCCCUCCCCCCCCCUCAUCUCUUAAAGAAUGAACAGUUUGACUGUAAAUAUUUUGUAAACAAAUUUACUGUAUAUCCCUAUGGGAAUUUUGUUAUGCAGCCUGUUGAGGUUAUCGACUGGUGGAUUAAGAAUUAAGCUGUUGACUGGAAAUGUUGCAUUAAAUGUCUUCUGUCUAGAUCAGUGGUUCCCAAACGGUGUGCCGUGGGAUUUUGAAACGAUUAGGCCUAUUGCAUUUAACUAUACACAAGGUUUGUAAUUUACUUCAGUGUUUCCGCACCGGAGCUCCGACAGCACCCCCCCCCCCCCCCCCCUAUUUUUUGGGGAUAUUUGGGCAGUUAGGUGUUCCGUUUUUUUAUUGGUUUAGUGGUCGUUGGUCUGAAAAGGUUUGAGAAACACUGUUAUAGAGGGUAUUUUGCCCGGAUAUGAAUACAGGUGUGCCUUGAGAUUUUGGCCUGGUCUUUGGUUUGCCUUGGCGACAGAAAGUUUGGGAACCACUGGUCCUAGAUAAUCAAAAAUAAUCUAGUCUAGUGGACUGCUCAUCAUCCUGUCCAACUAUGCGUCUGAUCAGGACAGUCGUCUCAGGUUAGUACAUUGUUACAUUGUACAUUACAGUGUCCCAUGCUGUCCUUAUGACACUGACGCAACACUUUCCCUGCUGCCUAAACCUUCAUGUUUCACUGUUUUCUCAAAUGACAAUCUAGGACAUCCAGAUGGGCUCGUUACAUAAUGCUGCAUGUAAACAUGUCUGAUGGAAGCUCAUUUCAUAGCACCUAUUCCUGAAAGACCAAAAAAGUAAAGCAGUGAAUGGAAAUAUUUGGUUACUGAAAAUGAUGCGAGAGUAGGCACCGUUUAUUGAUGAGUUGGUGUGUGUGUGUGUGUGUGUGUGUGUGUGUGUGUGUGUGUGUGUGUGUGUGUGUGUGUGUGUGUGUGUGUGUGUGUGUGUGUGUGUGUGUGUGUGUGUGUGUGUGUGUGUGUGUGUGUGUGUGUGUGUGUGUGUGUGUGUGUGUGACAUAGAGGACAGACGGUGAGAAAGCAUGAAUAAUAUUUAAGUGCGAGGCUAAUGGAAAGUGAUAUGACUCGAGUGUGUGCAGUUUUUUCACACCAGAUAUAAUAAACUCUUAUGACUUUAGCUUGGCCCAUCUGAUGCUGUGUGUUACUAUGUCUGGUGGCCUUCAGUUGAGCUUUUGAAAUUGGUCGCUUGGUGUAGAACAACCUUUGCUUGUUUCCUAACCGGUAAGUGAGUUAAUUUGAGCGUUUUGUAACCAGGUUGUUUGAUCCUUCACCAGGGGGGAAGAAUUGGGUUCAGCAGAUCCAAAUAGUCCUGAAGGAUCUUGUUGCCUGAGGCGCGCUCAGCAUGAGAGAAGUAAAAAUGGCAGAGGAUUUGUUUGUCAUGUCGACACCACUGCAGAGCAGAUCCCUCCUGCAGCUGAAUUAACCGUUUCACCCCGAUACACACGACAAUAUUUUCUAGCAGUUACUGAAGUGUCAGAGAAAGGUUGUUUUACAAGUGCCUGUACAUUUUUCAAACGUUUUUUGUACAUAUGUAUUUAUUUAUUAUGCUUUUAUUACAAAAUAGCACGUAUUUAACUAUUGGCCUCUUUGGCAUCUUUCAGAGGUGCAAGGGCGAAGGCUGUUUCUGUGAAAAAGAUAAAUUAUUUGUAUAGAUGUGGUAUAGAAGCAUCAUCAAAUUAUAAUUUAUUUUAUCAUUACACACUUAGCUUUGAUAACAUCAAAGAGCAUAUUGCAGAUGAGAAUACUGAAAGUCUAAUUGUCCACAUCAGCUGAAAACUAUUCCUGUCACACAGCUGAGAUGUUUUUUCUUUUUUUCUGGUGCAAAUAAGAAACCAUAAUUGUAUCUAAUGCUUUAUCUGGGUCUUUUGUAACCACUUGUUUCUUCUUAUCUGUGAUCUGUGUUCUUGUUAAAUUUAACAGAUGAACACUACAGAUAUAUUUAUAGGUGGAGUUUUCUUUCCCUAUUGCUCUCAACCAAAUGUUCUGUUUAUUUUCAGAUAAAUAAAAGUGCCAACGGUCCAACUACAUUAAGGCCAGAAGUCAUCGUGUUUUGAUGUGAUUUAUCAGGUUUUUUUAAAUAACUGUUUUUGUCAUCCUAAAUGCAUUCAGCCAUAAGAAUAAAUUGUAUUUCACUUUAAUUAUACAGAGUUCAGAUUGUGUAUUAAUACGCAGUUACCAAAUAGAUUUUAUACAAAAUAAAAGAACUGCAUUGUUAA